AUGGUGUUGCUAUUUUUUGUAAGAUAUUUUUCUUUUAUAUUCACAAAAUGUGGUUUUGGUAACGCACGUCAUAUGAGUUCCAAAAUAGCCAUCAUGGAAUCAUCGAUAGUACAAACCUUUUAUGGGGCUCUUAUAGCCUCUACCGUUAGUAGAAUUCUGCUCUACCCUUUGGACACAAUGAAAACAAAUAAGCAAGUUCAUAUGGGAAGUUACACGGGAAGUUUUACCAAAUGCACAAAAAUUUGUCCAUCAAGUAACACUGCAAUUUGUAGAAGCAUUGCUAAUGUUAAUGAAACCACUUGUAGGAUUCCCAACCAUGGCAGCAGCAAGCCUUUUAAGAUAAGGCAUAAUUUAUUUUUCCUCCCCUCAUUUAUUAGAAAAUUUGGAUAUAAAAAUCUCUAUAGUGGUUUCGUAUUUUCCUCCAUAACAACCAUACCGGCAACCAGUUUGUACUUUUGCUGCUUCGAAUAUUUAAAAUCGAUAAAAAUAAAUUGCAAUAAAAAAUUGGAGAAUGAAAAAGACCCCCCUCCUGAACAGAAUGCCAAUUCAAUGAAUUCUAUAAAUUACUUCUCCAUAGCUUUCUUGGCAGAGGCUAUUUCUUGCAUUUUGUUUGUCCCAAUUGACAUAAUUAAAGAGAGAUUACAGGCACAACGAUAUUUAAAACUCAAAGAACACAAGACAUCUUAUCAUCUUUUGAAGGAUUUUAUUUAUAAAGAUGGAUUUUUUAGACUUUACAGAGGUUACAUUUCCACGUGCUUAACAUAUGGAAUAUUUGGAGGAUCUUUUUUUUUUCUUCAAAAUUUUGGAAUGGAUCUUAUGAAAAAAUUCGAAAUGGAAUCAUCAAAUUUUAAUAACCUCAAAUUAAACCUCAUUUGUUCGUUGUUGUCUGGAAUUAUUACAUCUCCCCUUGAAGUAGUUAGAAUAAGAUUUCAACUGCAGGAGAAAAAUAAAACCCCCUUUUUUUACACUAACUCUGUUGAUGGAAUUAAAAAGUUAUGGGCCGAAGAAAGCGGGAAAUUUUUUAAUUUAUUCAAAGGAAAUUUUUAUCGGUGUUCCUUAGUAUGUCUCAGUAUGGCCAUGAACGUUACGAUCAUUGACCUUUAUAAGAAGCUUUCCUAA